AUGAAAAGUAUCAUGCGCCAGCGUGUGUGGUGGCCCGGUAUGCCCAAGGAUGUUUCCAAUUCGUCGUGUAAACCAUGUUGUGUAAACGGGAAGCCGGAAAGAACAACACCAAUGAAAAGAGUGUUUAUUCCGAAAACAGCUUGGGAUACUAUAGCGUUGGAUUUCAAUGGACCUCAUGUAAAACUCGGAGGUAUUCUCAUCCUUGUAAUAGUCGAUUAUAAAUCACGAUACAUUAUCACAAAACCUGUGAAAUCGACUAACUUCGAGUGCACAAAAAAAGUUCUCGAUAACGUGUUCGAGAAGGAAGGUUUCCCGAAAAUCAUAAAAGUAGAUAACGGCCCUCCAUUCAAUGGAAAAGAUUUCGCGGAAUAUUGCAAACAACGGGAUAUUUCGUUGAUAUUCUCGACACCACUAUUUCCGCAGCAAAACGGCUUGGCGGAAAGUUAUAUGAAACUAAUUAAUAGAGCCAUGGCGGUGGCCAUAACGAAUAAAACAAAUUAUGUAGAAGAGUUGAAGAAAGCAGUAAGUGCACAUAAUGCAGCUGCCCACAGCAUUACAAAAAUACCGCCUGAAGAGAUCAUGUACGGACGUAAAAUCAAACGUGGAUUGCCUCUGCUCCAACGUAGAGAAUCCGUUUGA